GAGUGAAGGUAGUUGUCCUACUUCCAGACAGCAGUGAGCAUGCGUGUGUUUCUUUGAGAGCACUGUGUGGCCGUUCAAAGAGCUCUGUGUGGUUUUUACUGCGUUGAAACAUCACGUCCUUCUCCGAAUCCGUUGUGUGUGUGUGUGCUCGCGCGCGCGCAAGUGUUUGUUUGCAGCCCUCACCCAGCAGCUUGGGAGCGUUCAACUGACGGCUUCCUCCUGCUGCUGCAUCCAUCCUGCCGAAGCAAACAAGCGCCCAAAGUGUCACUGCGCGUCACAGUGAAAUCCUGUGGCUCCGACCAGCCCGCUCAGGACGGUGGUGGCGACUCUCUUCACUCUCGACCUGCAGCAGUUGACGGGCGGUGUCAGCCCCAUGACUCUUUGAAGGGACACGGCCCCACCGUGGCCCAUGCGCUGUACCCGUUUCCCUCCCCGUCCUCCUCAUCCCGCAAGCUGACGCAAAACCCCAGACACCUCCCUCCCCUCCCCCAUCCGCACCCCCACACCCACCCUGUCCCCAGCGACUCGCCCCCGCGCGCCAUGGCGUCUGGCACCGAGACGGUGCAUUACAUCCACCUGCACAACUCCAGCCAGUCGGUGCUGGAGGCCCUGCGCACUCAGCGGCGCGAGGGCCUCUUCUGCGAUGUGACUGUGCGCAUCCACGACGCCUCACUGCGAGCACAUGCCUGUGUGCUGGCAGCAGGCAGCCCCUUCUUCCAGGACAAGCUGCUGCUGGGCCACUCUGAAAUCUCGGUGCCGCCCCUGGUGCCGGCCGAAACGGUGAAGCAGCUGGUGGACUUUAUGUAUAGCGGCUCGCUGGUGGUGUUGCAGUCACAGGCGCUCUGUAUCCUCACCGCCGCCAGCAUCCUGCAGAUCAAGACCGUCAUCGAUGAGUGCACUCAGAUCAUCUCUCAGAGGAAGGCGGCGGCGGGGGCGGCCAGCGCAGCUGCCGCGGCGGCGGCAGCAGCAGCAGCAGCGGCAGCUGCAGCCACAGGAGGGGGGAUGCUUGGAGGAGUUCUCCCCAAACAAGAGGAGCGUGGUGGGGGUAAAGGGAGGGAAAGCAGUGGCAGCUGUUCAGGUGGGGGAGGCUUGAGCGGGGGCUACCCAAACUUUCCUAACUUCAUGGUGGACUGUGCACCGGGCUUGGGUGGCAACAUCAGUGUGAGCGAGAGCGGGCCUGGCCCGAUGGAGCAAGCCAACAGCAUGAGUCUGAUGGCGCUGGGUGACAUGGGGCCCGGGUCCAUGUGCGAUGGUGAUGGGCUGGGACCCGGAGCGGGGUCCAUCCUUAUGAAGCAAAGCCCCAGCUGCACUCAGGACGUCCGUUACAAGCUCCGAGACCUGUUGGCGCAGACGGCCAACGGUGCCGCCAGCACGGGGAGCAUCUCUGCGAGCUGCAGCUCCGGCGUGGGCAGCGUGGACAGCAUCGGCAGGGACAGUCUCCGCGGCAACGGCACCGACCUCUCCGACGACCUGGUGGGGAUGGAGCGCUUUAGCGAGGAGGAGGACUUGGACGGGAGAGAACGGGGGAGAGACGGUGACCGAGACAGGGGGGCGAGCCACAGCCGCAAGCAGAGGCAGCCGCUCAGACUCCAGGUGCUGGGUGGAGGCGAAGGCGUGGUGGUGAAAGAUGAAGGUGUUCAGGACGCUGACGGGACAGCUUUUGCCUUGGAGGAUGAGAGACGGGAUGGAGAGCAGGAUGGCCACCAGGGACACAUGGCAGGCUUCGGACAGGACUUCUAUGACGAGCAGGGAGUGUUUACCGAGAGCUUCUGGCCACAGAGUGAACCUCCUCAGGCCAUGGCGUUUAAUCCCCGAGGACGGGUCAACAAACCUCUAACUCCGCCCCCAACCUCGCAGUCCAUCAACAACCAGCUUCUUUUCCAGUACCCAGUGAGCCAGUCGCAGCCGGCGCCGUUCUACGUGGGCGGGCCUAUGGGGGGAAUGGACACCAUGGCGGGGACGGAAAGCAGCCAACAGGCUCCGCCCCCAACUUCCAUGACCCCGGUGCCACCUCCCACCAAUACCGCCACCCCCGCCAUCACUUCAGGACCUUCCCCAUCCUCCCAAGGAUCCGAGACCUCGUUUGACUGCACGCACUGUGGCAAAUCGUUACGUUCCAGGAAGAACUACAGCAAGCACAUGUUCAUCCACUCCGGUCAGAAGCCUCACCAGUGCUCCAUCUGCUGGCGCUCCUUCUCGCUGCGUGACUACCUCCUCAAACACAUGGUGGUGCACACAGGCGUGCGGGCUUUCCAGUGCUCCAUGUGCGGCAAGCGCUUCACCCAGAAGAGCUCGCUCAACGUGCACAUGCGCACGCACCGAGCCGAGCGCACCUUCCAGUGCAACGUGUGCCACCGGGCCUUCACCCACCGCACCUUGCUGGAGCGCCACGCCCUGCAGCAUGCCCCCCAGGCCCAGGUGCGCAGUGCCGGCAUGACCUCGCCCGCCAAGCACAGUCCUCCCAUGGGGGGGCCCUCAGGUAUGGCCGGGGCGGCCGGCAUGGUGGGCGGCAUGGCCAACAUGCCGGGCCACGGCGCCUCCUCCUCCUAGAGCCGACGGGGACGGGAAGGGGGGGAGAGGUUAGCUGGGUUGGAAGGUAGUCGGUCCAUUCUUAUAGCUGGCGGCCAUUGGUCCUAACAACCUCACUUCCCACGAUCUGGCUGAGCUUCUCAAACUUUCAAACGGGUCUCCCGCAGAUGCUCUUUGGAACCCGCACAACUUUUCAGAACCGUAUUUCCUCCCAGAACCUCAGUGUUCUGGCGCCGUCACUCUACUGAGCCCCCGGGGCCGACACACUCAGUAUUAAGCUAAACUUGAACUUUGCCAAGGAGUGUCUGUGCAGGAGCGCCGCUUGAAAGGAGGUCUGAGCGGCUCCACAUUGCGCCACUUCAGGCCUUUGUAGCGCUGUGUCUCAAUUGGCUUACACUGUCAGUAGCCGGACAUUGUACUCAAUACAGUGGGGGGUCAGAUAUUUGAUUCUUUGAGUGGUUGCAAUUCACCAUUAAAAAGGAGAGAAGAAGAAGCAGGUAAAUAUUGCAGAGGUGUAUUUGGGACAACACUACACUGUCAAAAUUAGCGCACUCAGGAACUAAGUGCACGGUGUACGCAGUAUACUUAUUGAGGUAUUCCAUUUGAGACACAGCAUGGGUGUGUUAAGGGGAUGGGGGUGGUUCUGGGUGGGUGAAAUGGGAUUGGUGUUUGCAGUUCAGGAAGCUAGUGAGGAGCUUAUUGGUUCGAAUGGGGAACGCUUUCAUUCACAGUCAAUUCAUUUGCUGGGUUGCACGUGAUGUCACAACAAGCAUAUUCGUAACUAGACGUCAAAUAAGUCAGUGUUCUCGCAUGUGGAAAUCGUUCAAAUAGGGAUUUUGGGAAAAGUUAUUACGAAGAUAGUCCAUCACAAAGGGCAAAAAGUUCAAGGAAAAAAACACGGAGAAAGGUGCCUGCUGAACCAGUCUCUCUCAUCUAGUGGAGCCAAUUCUGAACACGCUCAAGUUCGACCGACAACAAAAAGCAAAAUUUGUACUAAAACCAAAGUUUACAUUUUUGUGGGAACUGGAAAAUGCUCAUAAAAAUGGGAAAUGCAGCAAGAACUGCCUCACACCAGAAAACUAUAGAUUCCUCAUACUACUUCAUUUAAAUGCUCCAACUGUAUGAGUGCCCAAUUAUUCGAUAAACACCAUAAAUAUACGGCCAAGAAUGCAAAGCCUGCUAUGCUGCAAGAAAAGAUGGAAAAAUAACAUAUAAAAGAGGGGGGGAAACGUCUGCACCAGCUGUAGGCUAGCCUAACGCUGAUGCGAAGUAAUAAAGUUACACCCACAAUGCUCUCGUCAUUAUCACUAGACUACACACGCCUUCACCUGUUUUAAAACAAAUAUUUCUAGAAAUAAACCGGUGUUCUGGCAGAGCGACACAAUCUAGUACCUAACAGGGUCGCGAUCGCGUUUUGUACAAUUAUUUAUUAUUAUUGUCCAUGCGCUACACCCCCAUGGGGUAACAGCACAGCAGAACUAUGGACAUAUACAAGAAUGUAUUCAUCUAUUCAUGCAGACUGACUUGGUGUAAGAAUGCAGAUAGACAUAUUAGAAGCAUUAUUUUCAUCUGCUAAAUUCAUCAUGUCUGACGCGCAAGAGCGCCUUGUUUUCAGCUAUUUCAUGUCUUUAUGCAACACACCAUGCCCAUUCACACAUUUGGAGCAAAUAAUUUCAACGGCAUGCACCGUUUCACAUGAAUCGGCUCAGUAUUGUACAAAGAUACUGAGUUCCUAUGCGGCCACAUUCAACGUGUGCCCUCCAAGCGCCAUACCGGAAGUUACACGGACUGCCUCUAGGUCACGUGUAGGGUUGGGCAUCGUUUGAAUGUGAAUUCUGGUCCCGAUUCCAAUUGAUCGUUUUGAUUCCGGUUCCUAAUGAUUCUCGAUUCCGAUUAUUUUCAGAAGUUGGGUCUUAAAAGUUUGCAUGGUUUAAAUGAGGUUGCUAACCAAAUUAUUGGAUGAAAUGUCUGAAUGUCUCGAUUUUUUUUUUUAAUUAUUAUUAUAUGAACUUUUUAUGAAUUACUUUACAACACAGAGCUAUUUUCAACCAGUAUAUAAAUAUCAAAGCAUUGAACUUGAACAUGAAUGUUUUGAAGUCUCUUUACGUAGGAGUACAUGUUCACAAAUUAUUUUUAGUUUUGAAAACCUCAUGAAAGAACAAUAACACAUAUCCUGUUUAUGUGUUUGAGAGUGUCUUACGAUGCAGAAUAGACAAAGUGUAACUUAACCAUGUUACUGAGUUCCUACUAACCUGCAUGCAGAAUAUCAAACAAGUACAGUACACUUAACAUGGGGUCUGGUCAACUUCCUGGCUAAAGCUAGUGUUAACGUCAGGUCGUUUGUCUAUAAAAAAGUCUAGUACACAGUCUUAGCUUAGGUGGAUAUUUGAGUUGGUUACCGUAUUUGCAGUAUAAAGUAUAAUUUGUUUGCUGCUUCAAUGUUGGCAUGAGAUUGACGUAAUUUAUUAUUUUACUUACGUGACUGGUUGGAAGAAGUCCGGCAUAGCACGUCAAAAACAGGGCACUCUACACCGUGAAUCCCGAGGUGUUUAAUCAUGUUAAUGGUGCACCCCUCCUUUGAAUGAUAUGACGCCGUUGCAAAUGAUGCACCGUGCCAGUCGUUUUUUUUUUAGUUUUUUUUUUCCA